CCUUCAUCUAACCCACCAAGAUCAACCUAACCAAAUCAACACCAAUACUUCAAAAAAAAAAAAAAAAAAAAAAAAAUUCAUACUAUCACCCAACAAAAAAACAAAUCAACCCUAAAAAAUGCUUCCCAUCAAAGAAGAAAACAAGUUAUUCACAAAAUCUGUAACAAAAGAAAGCUCAAUAGCAAAUCCAUCAUUUAGAGUAUAUUAUGGAGACAAUUCAAUAGCAAUUCCUUUUAUUUGGGAAGCUAAACCAGGAACACCAAAACACACUAAACAUAAUUCUUCCAAUGAAGAAGAAAACAAACAAUAUAAUCUCCCACCCCUUACACCUCCCCCUUCUUAUUACCUUAAACAACCCCAAAAAAUGGCUAGUAAAAAAUCUUCUAGUAAAAUUUUUUUGGGGUUAUUCCCUAAGAGUAUGCAUAAAAGGCAAAUCUCGGCUUCAUCUUCUUCAUCUUCAUCUACAUUGUCUUGCCCCUCAUCGUCGAUGUUUGUAUUAGAUUCAACUAUAAGGGGCUCGGAAAGGAGCUCGAGUUUAGGGUCGAAUAUGGGUCUAAAUUUGAGUCUAGCUAGACGAAGGAGUAUGUCCAAUGUAGGAUCAUUGUAUGAUUUUAUGGUGGAUGGUCAAGAGGAAGAUGAUGAAAGAAGUCCUAGAUCAGUGUUGUGUUUUGGGAUUGUAGGUAGUAGGAGAAUUCGUAGUUGCUCAUGACCAUUAAGGUGUGAAUUUGUGGUUUAAUAAUUAUAUAACAUGUAAUAAUUAAACAGUAAUGAAGAUGGGGCGAAUCUGAAAUACUAAUAUAGUUGACAAGUUAAAUAUUCAUCUCUUGGAAUUUUUACGUGUGUAUACAAAAUCAACUCGAUUGUCUCUUACUCUGUGUUACAUAUCAUAUAAUCAAAUAAAAAUUCGAAUUAUCACCUAAACAGUAUUAUUGCUUGUUUUUUUCAAAUAUUAUUUUAGUGUAGUAAAUGUUAUGGUAGUGAUCUCUUCUACCUUUGUUAGUUUUUAUGUGAAAUAUCCUGGACACAAAUAGUGUUUAGCUUU